AUGCAGAGGCUAAACGCGACCGUUUUGGCCACCAAAAGAAGAGCUCAAGCUCGAAGCUAUCUUUCUCGUUAUUUACUGGGAUCAUGCAUUGCCCGGAAAGUAACUUCACUGUCUCGCAACUUUGCCUCCGAGACGAAGUCGAAGCCGGACGUUUACUCGCCUAACAAAAAGAUCUCCCAUUUGAUAAGAACGAACCGUCUGAGUGAAGCAAGAGUCGUGUUUGAUAAAACAGUACAAAGAAACACUGUAACGUGGAAUGCGAUGAUCAAUGGGUAUGUAAAAUUCAGAGAAAUGGCUAAAGCAAGACAACUGUUCGAUAUAAUGCCUCGAAGAGACGUCGUUUCGUGGAAUUUAAUGAUUUCGGGGUAUAUUUCGUGUCGUGGAAGUGGGUUUUUGGAGGAGGCUAGAUUGUUGUUUGAUAAAAUGCCUAAAAGAGAUAGUGUUUCGUGGAAUACAAUGAUUAGUGGGUAUGCGAAGAAUGGUAUGACGGAGGCGGCGUUGAGGGUUUUUAAUGAAAUGCCUGAGAGUGAGAGGAAUGUUGUAUCGUGGAACGCUAUGAUUUCGGGGUUUUUGCAGAAUGGUGACGUGGCUCGUGCUAUGGAGUUUUUUGAGAAAAUGCCUGAACGGGACUCUGCUUCUUUAAGCGCACUUGUGGCUGGUCUUAUUAAGAAUGGUGAGUUGGAUGAAGCGGGAAAAAUUCUGGUUAAAUUUGGGAAUAGGUGUGACGGUAGAGAAGAUUUAGUGCAUGCUUAUAAUACUUUGAUUGCCGGGUAUGGUCAGAGAGGAAGAGUAGAGGAAGCUCGAAGGCUUUUUGAUCGAAUACCAGUUUGUAGUGAGCAAGGAGAAGAAGGAAAUGAAAACUUUAGGAGGAAUGUUGUGUCGUGGAAUUCGAUGACUAUGUGUUAUGUGAAGGCGGGAGAUAUUGUUUCUGCAAGGGAAAUCUUUGAUCAAAUGGUGGAACGAGACAGUUUUUCAUGGAAUAUUAUGAUUAGUGGGUAUGUUCAUUUGUCAAAUAUGGAAGAGGCCUCUAAUCUCUUUGUAACAAUGAACAAGAAAGUGAAGAAAAGUGAGAGAAAAUGA